AUGGCUGUUGGAAGAGAGAACGGAGGCACUGCCAACGGAGAGCUGAAAGGCGACUCCCACAUUCGGUACAUCCCCCGUUCGUAUUCGAGCACCGAUUCCGAUGCCUCAGCCCUCCGACUCGUGCUGGCCGUCCUACCGGAAUGGGAAGAUGCCAGCUCCAAAGUCGAAUUUGUUCGCUUCACCGACGGUAUCACAAACACGCUGCUGAAGGCGGUGAAGAGGAGGCCUGGUCUCUCCAAGGAGGAGGCGGACAAGGACGCCAUUCUCCUGCGGGCAUACGGCAACGGUACCGACGUCAUAAUCGACAGGCACCGCGAGGCGCAGAAUCACGAGCUGCUUAUGCGCCACGGCCUGGCCCCAGAACUUCUAGCACGCUUCGAAAAUGGCAUGAUGUAUCGCUUUGUCCGUGGAACCGUCACACAACCCGAAGACCUCCGCAAACCCACCAUCUACAAGGCCGUUGCCCGCCGACUCGCUCAGUGGCAUGCCACCGUUCCCUGCAUCCCCGGCCGCACUGGUCACAGCCGCAAAAAUUCAAAGACGGAAGGAUUUCCAGCUCCUUCUAGAACUCUUGGGGAUGCCGAGUUUCAAUGGGUUCUUGACGGUGUGGCGCCAGGAAAACCGUCGCCAAAUGUGUGGACUGUCAUGCAAAAGUGGAUUUUUGCUCUGCCUACAGAUACAGAAGAGCAGAGAGCUGCUCAAGCAGAGCUCCAGCAAGAGCUUGGAACUCUAGUUUCGGAGCUCAGCCAGCGGCCCGGCCUAGGUGUUAAUGGGCUCGUUUUCGCACAUUGUGAUCUUCUAAGUGGCAACGUCAUCGUAACCCCGAAGUCGCAGGCUGUGCACGGAGACAAGUCGGCGGAAACCGUGACCUUCAUCGAUUACGAAUACGCCACUCCGUCCCCCGCAGCUUUCGACCUUGCAAACCACUUUGCCGAGUGGGGUGGUUUUGACUGCGAUCAUGGUGUGUUGCCGACACGUGCCCAGCGUCGCGAAUUCAUCACGGAAUAUGUGCGCGCAUACUUCGAUAUGCUACCAGAGAAGCCCAUCGAUAUUGACGAGUCUGCCGAGAUCGAGAAGCUGUUCAACGAGGUAGACCACUACCGGGGGGUGCCUGGAUUCUACUGGGGAGUAUGGGCCCUGAUCCAGGCCACCAUCUCCGAAAUCGACUUUGACUAUGCCUCAUAUGCGAAGACUAGACUUGGUGAGUACUGGGCUUGGCGAGGCGAGGUAAGAGGCGAGCGCCAGCGUUCCGGAAAAGAGAUUCCACUUCGCGAAAGAAGGUGGGCGCAGGAGGUGUGA